AUGGCGGACGACAUAUCGUACACGUCCCAUCGUCUCAAGCAUGCCUCGCCCGAGCACCUUCACCUGACUAUGCGACGCUUCUUCAUCGGCCCUAUACCCGAGGGCUGGCUCAAGGACAACAGGAAAUCAUGGUACAAACGACGCCUCGAGCUGAGCAACUACACCUCUCGCACCGCCUCGUUCUCGGCUGCGCAAGAUCAGGGUCAACCGCAUCGACGGUCGAUGUCAAUAGCUGAUCCCGGCGGACCUUCAACAGCUGCGAGAGUCAACUUCAGCUUUCCGCAGCCUGAAGAUGUCGAUGAUCCGGAGCCUGCUGAGCAGGGUGCGUCUGAUGAAGAGACUGAGGUCGAGGCAUCGGACGAGGACACUGAUGGUGAACGCGAGUUGAGGCAAGUAGAGCUGGUGUCUACACAUGAUGCACAGCAGGCGCUAAGUCCCGUCUCUUCGGGGAUAGUAUCGCCCAAAGCCAUGCCAAUAUCGAGGGACAAGAGGCUUCAGAAUACUAAGAGUGCUUCGGAACAUCCCAUAGGAUCCGCAGACAAGUCAGUGGCUUCAAAACAGGAGAGCUUUCACACAGCUCAGCAGAGAAUCGGAUCGUCAUCGACAGCCGAGGGGCCUGUGGUCGAUCGUCAAGAGUCUGGUCCAUCUGUCGUGGUAGAUGAACCUAGUCGAGACGAUAGUGACGGUACACGGUUCUCUUCGUCGAUCAGAGAAUCAGCAUACACAGACGGUGCAUCUCCAGAGACGGACAAUGGCUCAAAAACAGAACUCCUGCGGCGAGACAAAGACGCUGCUGCUCAGCGCACCGGCAGCCCAGCUCGACCAAUCAGUCCCAAGUCCGCGAUGCGACCAAUGCAAGACCAUGAUCCGUCACCGUUUAUAGGAAAUGGAGACCAGCCCAGAAUGCAACUCCAGCGUAGUAGUACUGGCGUUCGCUUCAAGGUGUCGGAAGGCAUCACCAACCGGCAGGCUCGAGUCCAUCGACGUGUUGACAGCACGCGCAAACGCGUCACUGGCCACAGACGCAAUACACUGAGAGAAGGCACCAUCGUCAAAAUGGAGCGUAUGCUCGUCCGUAUAGACAUUACUACCCAGCAGCCGCCUGACACUCUGGACGAGAACGAAAGCUUGAAAGUCGAGACACGCAUGCUUGAGAAGUGGCGAGAGUUCAUGGUGGUCGUGCGGAAGAGUGGAGUGUCUGAUGCCGAUGAUUUCCGACUUCAGAUAUAUCAAACACGAGUCAUACCUGAAAUCGAGAAUGAGUCUACACGCAAGAAGCCGUCAAGAGAAGUGAGGCUGGAUCCGAAGACUACCCGUGUGAACCUAUACUCGUCGCUUGACAAAUCGGUCGUGGUGUGGCAUCCCUACAGGAAGGGUACAAGAAUCGUCAUUAUGAAGGCUUCUUCUACUGCUCACUCGGUUGAGUGGUACACAUUCCUCCGGGAUGCAAUGGGCUGGAAGCGCCCAGCAACAUUACAAGUCAAUGUGCCUGAUCUCGACGUGCAGCUACAUCUCGACAAGCCGUUUGAGGAACUCACAAAAGCCAUACAAGGCGCAGAAGAUGAGAACACUGCACUCGUGAACACCCUCAAGGCCGAGCAGGCUGUUGCUGGCAAGAUCGUUGAAAAGUGUCUCGCAAUGCUCGGUCAUGACCCUGAGUGGUCCGACAUUCUGGACCGCUGGAAAAAGACCGCGCAAAUCGGGUUGGCGUGGAAGCGAUAUGAUCGACUUGAGUGGGUACACGGCGUGUCGGAACAGAAGAUGUAUGGCUCGAUGGCGAUGCAAAAGACACACGAGCUCGAGCUGAGGCCAAAAGAGCACUAUGCAACGUCAGCCCGAGGAAAAAAAGGCGUGGUACAUGAAGAGCCUGCGCCGGUGGAAGGCUUCCUGAUCAGACUGACCUCGCAGAAGGGAGUGCAUCAGCGCAUGGGCAAAACAUUCCACAAGCGCCUGUACUAUUAUACGCAGAAUCAAUUUCUGUUCUUCAAUCAGCCGGCCAAAGCGACGCCACCACAUCCGCCGAGGUUGUCUACGAUAAGCGGCUCGAAUAUACCGACUGCGAGCGAAAUCAUCGAGAAGACGCCGGAGACAUUCGAUGUUCAGCCAUAUGAAGUUGAUGAGCAGGGCAAGAUCAAGUGGAUCUACAUCAAUCUUUGCCGCAUUCGCAAGGUUCGGAAGAUGAAAUGGGGCGCACAGCCUGGCGAUGAGAAUCGAAACAUAGGCGAGGAUUCUGACGUGGAUUUCCACAAUGACGUUGACUCGUCAGACGACGAAGAUGGCACAACAUCCGCAAUUGACGACAAGCGUACGCUCGAGCUGGUCCACGAUAAUGGCCUCACUAUUCGAUUGCAGGCCCACAGCAAGGAAGCCCGCAACGAAUGGAUCACACGCCUGAAGAGUCUAGUCAAGUACUGGAAACUGCGCGCGACCUCUGACAUGGAGCUUUACAAAGCCGUUCGACGCGCCAACCUGUCCAAUCUCAAUAUUGACGAAGAAAUGGAGGCCUUCGUGGGCCAGUUCGGCCGCAAAUGGGAAGUCUCUCGCAGUGAAGCCAGCCCGGAACUUUACCACAUGUGCGGCAUAGCCAGCUGCCGCACCGUCCUGCUUUCGGGCAUCCUCUUCCGUAAAGCCCGUCGGCGUGCCACCUUCCAACGCUGCUCGGUCUUGCUUUCGGCGGGCGGGAAGCUGCUGAUACACCAGGCAACAAUGCGCAAACGUACUGGUAAGGAGAUCCGGCAUCUGCAUCAGGAACGGCAGGAGGUUGUGGACCUGAGCGAGUGCUAUGUGUACAGUGGCUUCCUGGUCGAGGAAGAUCUGCUAUAUUCGAACCAAACCUUUGAUGCGAACAACGUAUCCUCGGGCGGCGCACGUACGCCGCGGGUGUACCUUGACACUGUAACAGGCGAGGCAUCGACGAGCCAGGAUGUUGAUGUGAUGACUUGUUUUGUGCUGUGGCGUAACACGAGACGUGGCUGGUUUCGUACUGCCGCAGGUCUUGGUGGUGCUGGUACCUCUCAAGAGCAAGGAGAGAAGAACGGGAAAAGAGCGCGGAUCAAGAGGGUGGCACAGCUGGGCGUACCGGGAAGGGGAAUGGUGUUCAAGUGCAGGAGUCGGGCGGAGAGAGACCAUUGGGUGCUGAGCAUUAACGCGGAGAUUGAGAGGGCUGUGGAGGGGAGGGUUAGGGGCUUGGAGGGGCUAAGUGCGGAGGCACGGGUUGAGUCGUAG